GGAAAAAAAAUCUUGGCCGACGUGUCGUACGCUCAGCCGCUAGCCCGCUAACACCGGGGAAAUAUAGUUUUAUCACCGGUAAAUCGAAGCGGAUAGCCAUGGGGGGAGCCCAGAGCGUAGAGAUUCCAGGCGGAGGCUCGGAGGGAUACCAUGUCCUCAGGGUUCAGGAGAAUUCGCCUGGCCACCGAGCAGGGCUGGAGCCCUUCUUUGACUUCAUCGUUUCCAUCAACAAUACAAGGCUGAACAAAGACAACGACACACUGAAGGACCUCCUGAAGGCUAACGUGGAGAAGCCAGUGAAGAUGUUAGUGUACAGCAGCAAGACGCUGGAGCUGAGGGAAACCACGGUCACCCCUAGCAACAUGUGGGGAGGUCAGGGGCUUCUAGGUGUCAGCAUUCGCUUCUGCAGCUUCGAGGGAGCCAAUGAGAACGUCUGGCAUGUCUUGGAAGUGGAGCCUAAUUCUCCUGCUGCUUUAGCUGGUUUGAGGCCGCACACAGACUACAUCAUUGGGGCAGACACGGUCAUGAAUGAGUCUGAGGACCUGUUCUCGCUGAUCGAGACCCACGAGGGCAAGGGACUGAAGCUCUACGUCUACAACACCGACACGGACAACUGCCGAGAGGUGGUCAUCACUCCCAACAGUGCCUGGGGUGGAGAGGGCAGCCUGGGCUGUGGUAUAGGCUACGGCUACCUGCACAGAAUCCCCACACGGCCCUUCGAAGAGGGCAAAAAGAUCAGCUUCCCAGGUCACGUCCCCACCGAACCAUCGAGCCCGUUGAAGGACGGCUUCACGGAGGUGCAGCUCUCGGCUGUGAGCCCUCCCCCAGCCGCUGCUCCCGCCCCUACCGGCCUAGAGGAUAGCCUCGCUGGCCUGUCACUCGCCUCGGCCACGCCCACCAUGCCCAGUGAACUGCACACAGGUGUGCCUACUGUACCCUUGCUACCCACCCAAGUCGGCCCCUCCCUGGCCUCUGUGCCAGGGGUGAACCCUGCCACUACGCUACCAGGCCUCAUGCCAUUACCUGCAGGCCUGCCGCCCCUUCCAAACCUCCCGAACCUGCCCAACCUGAACAUACCGCUACCUGACCUGAGUGGCGUCUCAUUACCGGGCCUCAGUGGCCUCCCUCCAGUCGGCGGUUUCCCCCCACUUGCCGCCCUAGCCCCUCUCCCCCCUCUUAACCUCCCUGGCAUGGCCCCCCUCCCUAUGCCCACCAUGUUACCCACCUCCCUGUCCUCCACGUUACCAACCAUGCCUGCUGUCGGCCUGCCGCCCGCCGUCAUCCUGGACGCCACCCCGGCACCCAGCGCGGCGCCAGAGGUUACCAUGACGACGGAGGCCGCGGCUCCGGCUGCCCCCGCGCCCGUCGUCACGGAGACGGCAGUCGCCGCGGCUACGACAGAAGACGCCCCACCCGCCGCAGAGUCAUCAUAACAAAGUGCUGUUUUUGUUUUGUUCGUUGGUUUCACUAUUCCAUGAUAUUUUUUUUUUUGCGGUUAUGCGCACAUACUCUCUCUCUCUCUCUCUCUCUCACUCUGUCUAUCUCUCUCUCUCACUCUGUCCAUCUCUCUCUCUCUCUCACUCUGUCUCUCUCUCUCUCACUCUGUCUCUCUCACUCUCUCACUCUCUCUCUCUCUAUCUCUCUCUCUCUCUCUCUCUCUCUCUCUCUUGCAAUUUCUCCUUGUUACACUCUCUCAAUUGUAUUUAUUUGGCCCUGGAAAAGUAGUGGGCUCCAGACACACACGGAGAGAGAGACUAGCCCCGCCUGCUGGACGCAGGGCCCACUCUCUGAAGGACGCAGAGAUGAGGUGAAGGAUUCAUGAAUGGACAGCAUAAUGAGUGUACGAAAAGCAGGAACUGGACAAAAAAAAACAAACAAAAAGACUACCAUGCAGAUAAAUGUAAAACGGCCCCCUCAUAAGUGACCUGCAUAGCCUUGAUUUCUCUCUUCUUUACUGUGCGCCUCGCCUCCACCACAUAUUUCAUAUUUCUGUUCUGCCAUUUAUGUUUUGGUUUAUGUUUCUUUCUUUUUUUUUUUUUUUAAUUGCUUUGGAAUCGAUAAAUAAUUUUCUCUAUGUAUUUUUAGUUAUGCCUCGUGAUUGUAUUUUAUUUCCCCCCCUUCUUAUCUCAGAGAAUCAUUAUAUUGCAUUUUUGCACCAUUUUUUUUUUUGCUUAAUUCAUUUGGGUCUGAUUUUUUUUUCUUUUUUUUUUUUUUCUAUAAUUAUCCCCCCUCGUGUACAGUCCCAUCAUGGCGCUCCACUCCCUCCGUUCAGUCGUGGGUACUCGGAGUGGUCACUCGAUAAUUCCACGGGGACUUGGGGUCACCUGCUGACGGGCAGCGGGAUCGUCGGGGCGGGUUGCCGGGGGGCUGGGCUGGGCUGUGUGAGGAGGAGGCGCCGUGGGUUCAAAGGGAGAGGUGUCAAAAACGAUGGUUCUUUUCCCCCCCGUACACACGAGCAAUAAACUACACCGGAUUUUACACUAAACCGACUGCCCUCUGUUUUGAAUGGUGGUGUGCUAAUUAGUCGAGAUCGAUCGAUUGAGAUCAGAAGUUGUUAAGAGAAGACUUGAUGUUGACAGUGGUCAAAAACAAAGCAUGGGUUUUCUCAAACUUCACGGUCACUGCACAAGGUUUUUUCCGAAAGAAGUUUAAUCAACUCAAAUAGAAGGUAGUGUGUACAGAAUGUGCACAGGUGGCCUCUCUUCCAUAAAAUCACACACAGCAGGAUGUAAUGGCCUUUUGUGAGGACAUUAAGUAAAGGAUACAACAACACCCGAAAAUACAUAGUACACAAGACCUACAUCUUCAGGGAUGUGAGAUCUAGCAAUGCCUGGUCAGAAAUCUGGAGGUGUUUCGAUCGGUUUGAAAAUCUUUGGUAAGUGACCAAAUGGACAUUUUCACAAGAGCAAGGAGGAUGCAACAAACAAUAAAAUGACCAUGAACUAUACAA